AAAGAGUCAUUCAUUCCGAGUCAAGAUGGCGUCCAACGAAGGUGUAGGAAAUGUCAAAAGCUCUUAAACAAUAACAUUUUUUGCACUGUUUUCUUAACGAAUUUUAAACUUUACCUUAAGUUCUUGAAGUACGUAGCCAUGAGCUUCCCAGCUGGAGCGAUAAAGGAGGCUAACAACCAUAUUCAAGCGUUGUCCAAGGCGAAUAUGGAGCUUGAAGAAAGAGUGAAAGAGCUAUCGGGAGUUCUCCGAAAACAAAAUGAAGCCCAUGCAGAAAAUCUAGCUGUACUUCCACUUCGAAUGAAGCAAACUUUACUACAGAAGGAUGAGGAAAUUCAGGAUUUACGAAAGACUGUCGAGAGACUCCAACUUGAAUCCAAUGAAAAAGAAAUUAUGCUGCAACACUAUAAAAACAAGUGUAAAGUUCUAGAUGAAGUUGCUCGUCAUCGAGAAUCUUUGGAAAGUAUUUUGGCAUGCCUGGAUUAUUUUAAAGAACCUGAUUACGAUGAGGGGAAUAAUAAUCUUCCAGAUGUAUCAAAUCAAGUGAGAGAGACUGAUUUGACUAAUGGUUAUUGUGAAUCAGAGGAAGAAGGAAGGCAUCCCAAGGAAAUCCCAAGGCCUAAUCGAAUUGACAGUGGAAUUGGAGAGGAAAAUGGCUAUAGUAAUGAGAUUGUUGCACUUUAAAUCCUUUCCAUAGAUUAUGGUUUUGCUAAUGGCCGUAAUUGUUCUUCAGAAAGCAUUUUUUGCUUGACAAAUGUUUUACAAUUUUUACCAGGGUUUUGCUCAUUCAUAAAUUAAACUGUAUAAAUUAAAAUAUUCAUUCAACAACAAUUGCUGGUUCGCAAUCAUUCCCAAGAAAAUAAACCUCAAAAUACCAAAAGACAUGGUGGCYAUGUUGGAUGAUAUUACACAAUACACUUAUGACUAUUAAUUUCAUCAAACAUGGCAGCUAUGAAGAUUAAAACAAUAAGGCAAAUAUAUUCUAAUACUUUUUUAUUUACAAACCAAAAAAUCUAUGUUCACUGGUUAAUUUAAUUAAAUUCUAAUAAACCUAGUUACCUAAAGAGAUAUGUAUUUGUGCUUUUUAUGUUAGAGUACAAAGUACAAAUUAGUAUGAGAGACCAGUCAGCCGUAAAAACCUACGUACAUGAGCAUUCCUUUAGACUUGGGAACUAAAAACUACUCAGGAUAAACGAAAUAAGAGUUUCAGUUUCUUGUGAAUCUCAUUGUUAAUAAUAACAAACACAAUCUAAUUGUUUUGGUUUAUAUGUAGAUUAGUCUGUCAUAGGAAACAAAAAUAUAUGAAUAAAUAAAACAAAAGACUU